UGGGGUUCAUGUUGCUUGGAAAAGGACAACACAUGCAACAGGUUCCAACACGCCUGUCAAGGAAUGUCUACCUCACUCGGGACGCUAGAUUUCUGUUAAGUUGGAACAAUCUUUUUACAAUAUAAACUUGUAUAAUUUUGCCAAAGAACAACGACUUUUACUUAAAUGCAUGUCAUAUUUUUAAAUUGUAGGUACUUGUGUAGUUUAGAAUGGGUUUCAGUGUAGUUCUAUGCUUCUGGCCAAUCAGCUACUCCCAGACAAUGUGAUGUACAUAUGUGGGAGGAGAAACUUUACCUGGGGAGAUGAGAAACACUUCCUCCUCCACCCUGUCUGUUUCAGGUGAGAGGGGAGUGUGACAGACAAUAACUGCAAAUAUUCUGUGAAACUUUCCAUCGAGGAAUCUCUUUUGGUGGUGAGAAGCAUUUUGUACUAGCUGCAGGAUUUUUAUCCCAGAGAUGGGAAGACCGGGGAGCAGUGCUUACCGAGGCCGAGGUUCUCCCACACUGAGGACCAAAGGUGAGGAGCUCUGCAAUAUGCGAAGGAGUGAGAACUAUUCACCAGUUCCUUGGGAGAAGAACCUUGAAAUGGACAACACCAAGGCAUGGAAUGACAACUCCAUACCAAUGAAAAGUCUUAAUGCUGAAGACAGAGCACCGUUGUGCCCUCAGUUAGGCCCUUACUUUGCUGAUGGCCAACGGCGCGUGGACUAUGUGCUUGCUUACCACAUCCAGAAACCCAGCAAUAUUUGUCGAAAAUCACCCAAGUUUGGAGACGACAACUUCAUUCGCCGUCUUCGACGUAGUUUGAGCAUAAGAAGCAGUCGUGCACCUUUACAGCCCAAAGAAGACCCAGAGAUUCCUGCUCAAGAGCAACAAACUGACUAUCAUGAAGAUGACAAGCGAUUCAGACGAGAAGAGUUUGAAGAAAAUCUCAUAGAGACUGGGUUGGAAUUGGAAAAGACUGAUGAGUGUAAGAUACCUGGAAUUGGCUUUCUGAAGAUCCAUGCCCCAUGGAAUGUCCUGUGUCGAGAGGCUGAGUUCAUGAAGCUCAAGAUGGCAACAAACAAGGUUUUUGAAGUUAAACAAGGAAGUAAUAUUGUGGAAAAGAUCCGACUGUUCAUUCACAAAGUCACAUCUCCAUUGCACCCAAAAGUGGACACCAACAAGCCUAAAAGUGUAAAAUCACUUUUACACCCUUUUUCCAGAGAGAAGGAACACCUAUUCGAUCUGUCUGACAGAGAUAAUUUCUUUGACAGCAAGACAAGGAGUUCAAUUGUGUAUGAAUUGCUGAAAAGGACAAGAUGUACCAGGGCCCUGUACUCAUUGGGAUACACACAUCAGCUGAACUGCUCUGCUGGGUUCACCAGUCUGCUUGCCAAUGGUGUUUAUACAGCUGGUUAUCCGCCUCAUGAUGGGGAGAUAGGAGUCAAUGCCAAACCCAGUGACAGAAAGACACUAUAUGAGGAAUGGGCCAGCUACAGUGUCUUCUACAAGUACCAGCCCAUUGGACUAAUUAGGAAAUAUUUUGGUGAGAAGGUUGGACUGUACUUUGCCUGGCUUGGAGUCUACACACAGAUGUUAAUCCCUGCUGCCAUUGUUGGAGUAAUUGUAUUCCUCUAUGGCUGUGCCACUAUUGAUGAUAAUAUACCAAGUAUGGAGGUUUGUGACCCAAGGAACAACAUCACAAUGUGCCCACUUUGUGAUAGUGCUUGUAACUACUGGAAACUCACGACAGCAUGUGGUACUGCCAGAGCCAGCCAUCUCUUCGACAACGCAGCAACUGUCUUUUUCGCCAUUUUCAUGGCCCUGUGGGCCGUUCUCUUCAUGGAGCACUGGAAGAGACGACAGAUGCGACUUAACUAUGUCUGGGACCUGACAGGCUAUGGAGAGGAAGAGGAGGAGGAACACAAGGACCACAGCCGAGCCGAGUAUGAGCUCCGUGUCAUGCAAAAAGCAAAGAGACUGGAAAAUUCAAUGGCUAAGGAUGAGAAAGUGAAGCUGACAUGCACUGACAGACUGCCAGCUUACUUGACUACUAUAGCCAUGAUGGCUUUCAUGAUCACAGUGACAUUUGUUAUUGUCUUUGGGAUUGUUCUCUACCGGAUUAGCAUUAAUGCAGCUUUACAAAUUAAUAACUACCCUGGAGCACAGUACAAUGUCCGAGCCAUCGUCAAAACAACGGCUGCCAUCAUCAGCCUCAUCGUCAUCAUCAUCUUAGAUGAAAUCUAUGGUGCUAUCGCACGCUGGCUCACUAAACUUGAAGUUCCAAAAACAGCUAAGAGCUUUGAAGAACGGCUUAUCUUCAAGACGUUUGUCUUGAAAUUUGCAAAUGCCUUCACGCCAAUUGUUUAUUUGGCUUUUUUUAGGGGGAGACUUGUUGGGCGGCCAGGAAACUACCUGUAUGUUGUUGGGUCAUACAGAAUGGAAGAGUGUGCCGAGGCAGGCUGCCUAAUGGAAUUAUGCAUCCAGUUAUGUAUCACCAUGCUUGGGAAGCAGUUCAUCCAAAACAAUCUAUUUGAGAUUGGUGUACCCAAGCUGAAAAAACUGCUACGUAAGAAAAAGUCUGAGAUGGACCCAGAGCAACAAGAAGAGCUGACCAAGACCUUGCAGCAACACGAGAAGGACCAUUUCCUCCUUCCUUUUGUUGGUCUUAGCCCAGAGUACAUGGAAAUGAUCAUCCAGUUUGGGAUGGUGACUCUUUUUGUGGCCUCAUUUCCUCUGGCCCCACUCUUCGCUCUUCUGAAUAAUGUCAUUGAGAUACGUCUGGAUGCCAAAAAGUUUGUUAUGGAACUCCGAAGGCCGAUUGCAGUCAGAGCCAAAGACAUCGGUAUCUGGUACAACCUAUUAAGGGGUCUCAGCAAGGUGGCUGUCAUCGUAAAUGCCUUUGUGAUCUCCUUCACAUCUGACUUCAUCCCACGGCUUGUGUACCAGUACAUAUACAGUCCUGAUGGCACCCUGCACGGCUUUGUCAAUCACUCUCUGUCUUACUUCAACGUGAGUGACUUUGCGCCAGGCACAGACCCUGCAAAGCCAUUGAUCCUAGGCUAUAAAGUAGAAAUAUGCAGGUAUAAAGACUACAGGGAGCCUCCCUGGUCCAGCACACCAUAUGAUUUCUCCAAGGAGUUUUGGGCAGUUCUUGCUGUUCGCUUGGCUUUUGUUGUGGUCUUUCAGAAUGUGGUGAUGCUCAUGAGUGACUUUAUCAGUUGGUUGAUCCCAGACAUACCCAAGGACAUCAGCCUCAAGAUCCACAAAGAAAAAGUCCUCAUGGUUGAGCUCUUCAUGAAAGAAGAGUAUGGAAGAAGGCUUGGUGUCGCUGACAGUCACAACCGUAACAGUUGUCCUUCCCCGUCCUCUUCAAAUCAGAGCCCACAACAACCACGAUCCCGGGCGGCGGCAAACACAAACUUGUGUUAAACUAUUAGCUGUAUGAUUCUGAAAAAUGAACACGUAAACGUAAUACAGGGUUGUCCUUAAUUUCCCAUGUAGAGGAUAAAAUAUAUUUUAAAUUAAACAAAGGUUUUAGGGUAUCUGGAAGAUAGAUUACAUGUUAAAAUGAAUGAAUGGAAAUUGUGCACUAUGAAGCCUUAAUCUCUUUUCAACCUCUAUAGCUAUAAAAUGGAAUGCAAUUAGAUGACAGUAGGUUUGCGAUUCUGCGUUCAGGGUUUUAAGAUUAUUAUCAAUGUCAUUGCUGUGGAAAGUUUUGAUAUGUUUUCUUUGUUUUGUAUUGUUUUUCCAACAUAAUUCCAUUGUUAAGACAAUUUAUUUUGAAUUGAUUUUGUCUCAGUUAAUCAUUACAUUGUUUGGUGUAAGACUUCCCAAGGAUUUUAUAAUGAGACAGCAUGUUGGACAAGUCAGGCCUUUACCUGUUCUGUGUUUGCUCGCACGAAUUGUCUCCAGGUGCUCUAACUUUAUUAAACAGUGCAAGAAGUUGCACGUUAGGUUAACUGAAGACAAACCGCUAUAUGUCCAUUGGAGAUAAUAUAAUUUGUGUGGGUGUGUGUGGGUGGCAAAAUAAGUGCAUUCAAAAGUUAACAUUUAAUGCAAAUAUUCAUUUGAUUGCAAUUAAUGCGUGCCCGUUCCUUGGAAAGACACUCCCAGCCCCAGACUCCUUAAAAGCUAAGCUCCCUGGGUAUGCCCAUCUUUUCACUUGGUCACUUGUCACUAGCUUUUUAAGUCCCCAUCGCACUGAGGAGCAAACAAUUGCGAGAUUUGCGUCUGUUGGAUUUUUUGUUUGUUCAAAAUUUCAAAUGGUCACCAAAUGGUCGCCAGACAUUCGCUUGUACUUUUCUUGUUGCAAGGGAAUUUUCAACAUGUUCAGAACGUUUGGUGAAACAUUCACAGGGAUUAUCCCACACCAUUGUCAUAUUUAUGUAUGAAAUCCAAUAAAAUCUGCAGACCACUCAGUAUGUCUGCCUGCUUCUCGACAGGAGAAUCUCACAUUACAUUGUGACCAACUGUACAAUCUGGGGCAGUCAUUGCACCUUUUAGUGUUGCGCAAUUGAGAUACCGUAAUUUUCGGACUAUAAGUCGCGUUUUUUUUCAUAGUUUGGGUGGGGGGGCGACUUAUACUUAGGAGCGACUUAUAUACAUAUAUAUGUUUUUUUUCACUUUUUGGGGCAUUUUAUGGCUGAUGCGAUUUAUACUCCGGUGCGACUUAUAGUCCGAAAAUUACGGUAAAUGGUCCUCGCAGCAAACGCUGGAUGUGUUAGGUUGUUGGGAGAGAGUUGCCGAAGCCAUAGAUACACAACAGCUAGUGUUUAUGUUUGACUCCAAUCAUUAGAAUUCAUUGAAUUGAUCUCUAUGCCGUUAUAUGUACCUGAUCAACCUCAGUGGUCAGUUCGCCUCUGGGGGCCUGUGCUUGUUGAUUAUUUUUUUACCCAGGGCAACCCCAUCAAAUUAGAAUUGGAAGAUGCUCGGGUUUACUGUAUACUCGUUAUUGUAAUUGUCAUUAUAAUACUGAGAAUAAAAGUACGAUAAUAUUGACAGUAAUAUUGAUCAUUGUAAUUUGAUAUUGUCCCUCAAUAAAUAAAAGUCAGGAUG